GGAUUAGAGGUGUCACGUGAGACACUUCGAUCUUUGCCUUUAGCCAGGACGCAAGCGCAGCGUGCUGCUGCUGCUGCGGGGCCCUUGUGGUCCUUCCGGUCGGGACAACCAAUCGGUGCACAGAGAAGCGGGGCCGACCGAGGGGAGCGGAGGGAGCUCUGACAGCCACUGCCGCGGCAGGGGCGUGGAGGGCCGGGGGCGGCCGAGGCCGCGCUAGCAAUCAUGGCUCAGAACAGAGACGGCGGGAACCCGUUCGCCGAGCCCGGCGAGCUUGAUAACCCCUUUCAGGACCCAGCUGUGAUCCAGCACCGACCCAGCCCGCAGUAUGCCACCCUUGAUGUCUACAAUCCCUUUGAGACGCGGGAGCCAUCACCAGCCUAUGAGCCUCCUGCCCCUGCUCCAUUGCCUCCACCCUCAGCUCCCUCCUCACAGCCCUCGAGAAAGCUCAGCCCCACCGAACCCAAGAACUAUGGCUCCUACAGCACUCAGGCCACGGCUGCGGCAGCCACAGCUGAGCUGCUGAAGAAGCAGGAGGAGCUCAACCGGAAGGCAGAGGAGCUGGACCGGAGGGAGCGUGAGCUGCAGCAUGCCACCCUGGGUGGCACAGCUACUCGACAGAACAACUGGCCCCCCCUACCAGCUUUUUGCCCCGUCCAGCCCUGCUUUUUCCAGGACAUCUCCAUGGAGAUCCCCCAAGAAUUUCAGAAGACAGUGUCCACCAUGUACUACCUCUGGAUGUGCAGCACGCUGGCUCUUCUCGUGAACUUUCUUGCCUGCCUAGCCAGCUUCUGUGUGGAUACCGGUAAUGGCUCGGGCUUUGGGCUGUCCAUCCUCUGGAUCCUCCUUUUCACUCCCUGCUCGUUCGUCUGCUGGUAUCGUCCCAUGUACAAGGCUUUCCGGAGCGACAGUUCAUUCAAUUUCUUCAUUUUCUUCUUCAUCUUCUUCGCUCAGGAUGUACUGUUUGUGCUCCAGGCCAUUGGCAUCCCAGGUUGGGGGUUCAGUGGCUGGAUCGCGGCUCUGGUGGUGGUGAAAACCAACCCGGGUGUAGCUGUGCUCAUGCUGAUGGUUGCCCUGCUCUUCACUGGCAUCGCUGUGCUGGGAAUUGUGAUGCUAAAGCGGAUCCACUCCCUGUACCGCCACACAGGGGCCAGCUUUCAGAAGGCCCAGCAAGAAUUUGCUGCUGGUGUCUUCUCCAACCCUGCAGUGCGAACCGCAGCUGCCAACGCAGCCGCUGGGGCUGCCGAAAAUGCCUUUCGGGCCCCAUGACCCCUGACUGGGAUCCCUGGCCCUGUCACUUGAGGGAGCUGACAUAGCCCCCAUCCCUGGGGUCACUGGGACUUAGAGAGGCAUCACCACUUGAUGUCCUGUCUCUAGUGCCCCAGUCCAACGGCCAUGACUGCUGAGCCUGACUCGGGUGCGGGGAGCCCACGGUGACCCAGUCACACUGCUCGUCCCCCGCCAUCAGGCCACACUGCUGCCACAUCUCACACCACCCCAACCCCAGCUUCCCUCUGCUGUGCCAAGGCCGUUGCUUCGGUUAUUUAAAUAAAAAGAAAGUGAAACUGGAACU